UGCAUGUAAAUAACCUAGUACCAUCAUUUUAUUUCUCACCAUAUAACAUCAUAUGUCAAUAUGCAUUCCACCAAUACUUUUACUACCUAUUUUCAGGCUUGCUAUAAGCAGUGGUCAGACUUGAAAGGUAGUGGAGAAAAAGAACUGGAACGCAAAAAGCAGCUAGUGCUUGAUCUCCUGACCAGAAAUGUGAAAGAGAUCAAGAGCGGAGAUACGAUCGUCAUGACCGGACUGGUGGUUCCACCUGCCUUGAUGGUGCUGAAGAAGUCGAGCCAGAAUGUGCCGCAGCUGAAACGGUUUCGAAUUAAUCUCGUGCCGGAUAUCGUCUUUGUUCCAACUCUGACAGUUGCUGCCCUCUUUACUGUAAAAGCGUUGCAGCUUAACUUGGGUAGCAAGACCAAGUGAUGAUGUAGUCAUUGGCAGCUAUUUAUGUUCCAUGCGAAUAUGUUAAGAAUGCUUGUAUGUGUCAUUGCUUGUUAGU